AGAAAACAUUUGACUGUCGUACCGAUAACAGUUUAACUUGUAUCUCGUAUUUUUCAGGAGUUGCAUUUGAUUACUAUGAUGGACACCAACCUCCAAACACCUUGUCAGCAGACAGCAAAAAACUCGCAUUACAAAAAGACCUAGCCUCUUAGAAUUAUUUGGCCAUAGCUUUUUCCCUGCUGCUUUCAUAGUUGGCCCACAAUUUUCCAUGAAAAGAUAUCUUCAAUUUGUUGGGGGACAAUACAGCAAAAAGGAUACUAUCAAUGACCCUCCAGAUUGUAUAGAACCAGCAGUUCAAAGGCUAUGUUUAGGAAUUGGAUAUCUGAUUGUAUUCCAAACACUGGGAAUGUUUGUGUCUGAUGAAUAUCUUCUCACAGAUGAAUUUGCCAAUGUAAACUUUUUCAAAAAAAUGCUGUUGUUGGGCAUUUGGGGAAAAUACACCUUGUACAAGUAUAUUCUUGCUGGUUACUAUCUGAAGGAGCUUGUAUCAUGUUUGGUUUGGCCUAUGAUGGAGAAGAUGAAAAAGGCAAUCCAAAAUGGAACGGGGUCGAAAACAUUGAACUAAACAUUUUCGAAAAUAUCACACAGUUCCAGGAUUACGUGAAAUCGUUCAAUGUGAACACCAACAAAUGGUUGGGUCAGUAUGUCUACAAAAGACUGAAGUUCCUCGGGAACAGGUUGAUCAGUCAAUUCGUGUCCUUGAUGUUUUUAGCUGUCUGGCAUGGUUUCCACAGUGGAUAUUAUGUGUGUUUCAUGUUUGAGUUUAUCGUUAUCUACAUGGAGAGAGA